CCCCCUCUCCUCCCCUUCCCAUCCCCUUCAAAUUCCUCUCUCUCUCUCUCGAACUCAAUACUUUCGCAUAGAUAUACAUAUAUAUAUAGUGUGAGUGUUUUUACGAGGUAGGUUGUUGAAGACGAUGAGUAACAAUGUGGGUCAGUUCGGAGACACGACAAUGACGAAAGUGUUCGUCGGAGGAUUGGCUUGGGAGACUCCCAAGGAAGCCCUCAGAGACCACUUCGAUGUCUACGGCGAGAUCUUGGAAGCCGUCAUCAUCUCCGACAAGAUCACCGGCCGAUCCAAGGGCUACGGCUUCGUGACGUUUAAGGAAGCCGAGGCGGCUAAGAAGGCUUGCGAGGAGGCCACGCCGAUCAUCAACGGCCGCCGAGCUAACUGCAAUCUAGCUUCGCUCGGAGCCCGACGCCCCAGGUCCGCAUCCUCCGCCAUGCCGCCGCCUCCUGGACAAGGAUCGAACGUUGGACCAAGAUCUCUGUCUCCGGCACCCGGGAGUCACGUGCAGUGGUAUUAUCCAGCGGGAACACCUCCAUCGCCGUUUCAUCAUCAUCAGCAGAUUCAGCACCAUCAGGCCGUUCCUUUCUAUGGGUACACUCCAACCUACAUUGCCACUGAUGUCAGUUACAAUCAUAAGCUAAGCUACACGGGCGGGUCAUACAUGAAUGGGCAAUACUCUCAAGUAUAUCCGGGUCAACCCAUGGUAGGUGGGAACACACUGAUGCCAAUGUACCCUCUCUACCACUACCACCAAUCGCAGACAAUGGGCCUCCCUGCUCACGUGUACUCCCCAACAGCUGUUGGCCCAUUCCCCACAGGCCCAGCCCUCAUCUCAAAGCCCACAUCCUUGGCUCCUACCACAGUUUGCUUGGCUGUGGAAUAGGUACAGUUGGGACUGGUGAAGCUUUGAAAAGGGUGGCUAAGAGGACUUAAAAAAAAAAAUGACAAGAGGAGGAGGAGGGUGGUGGCUGCUCAGAACAACGUUAUUAUCUGAUCUGUGGUGGCUCUUCAAUAUUUUUUCUUUUAUUUAUAUUUUUAUUUUUAGGUGUCUGAUUAUUUAGAUUCAUUCAUUAUCUUCUCUAACAUUGCACUCAUGUAGAGGUUGCAAACAAUGGAAAGAAAUUAUUGUAACAGAAGUCAAUGUGUUGAGUAUUCUCAUGUCUUAUGGGAUAUGCUUUUCAUGGUUCCAUUGAACUUUGCUUCAUAAAUCCUUCAUCUUUAAGUAACAA